AUGAUUCUUGCAUUAAUGAGACUGCAGCGGCCUGCACUCGUCCUGUUGCCCUCGGACGAGUGGCCAACAAGAUGGGACUGUGAGAGCCUUGGUCGAGAUCAUUUCAGAUCAUAUCGCUCAUUACUUUCACGGAUUGAUCCGCUGGCGCGGUGCGAGCUCGAGCCCAACCUGGCCGUUUCGUGUCAAGGACUGUCCUCCACAGGGACCAGGCCCAGUGGCAACAACGAAAGUCACGACUCAAGCCAUCGCUCGAGGAAUCGCGAUGUGCGGUUAUCAUGUGGAAUGGUCAUGCAACCGUGCCUCGCCAAGCCUGGGAGGUCGUCCCUUGUCACCACCGCGAAUUAUGCGUUGCAUCUCGCGCAUAUGGCGAGCAGAUCGAAAUUCGCGGAUGGCGAAGUCCAUUCGACUGUAACACAUGUCCUUGUCGGUGAAGCUCUAGCUUUUCAGCCACCGCAUACCCUUCCUCUUUGCGUCGUAGAAGUGACGGCCGACAGACAUCGGAUCUGUCUCGCAGGUUUCAGAGCUGCAACCCAUGACCAUAAGUUGCAUUAUAUAGCAAUUGAAAUGUAA